GGCGGCCUUUUCAAGUCUCAGUCAAUGACAUAAAAAAUAACGGAUAAAAAGCCUGAUGGGAAGACACAGGGGGUUUGAGGAAUACUUAAGAAAAGCUGCAGAUAAAGAAAAGAAAAAAAUAAAAGAAUCAGUUUUGGAGGUAUUUAGGGCUAGGUCAAAGUCUCCUGGAGGAAAUGGUGCAUUUCUUGUAGCUGGGAGCAAAGGAAAGACAGAAGCAACAGUUGACAGAAAUGCCGUAGAGGACAUCAUGAGUCCAGCAGAAAGAAAAUCAAGGGGGAGGAAAAGAAAAAUUAACAAAUCGAAAGAAGAUAGGAAAAGACACAAGUCAGAAGAAAAAAUUGAUCAAGUCCAAGCACACUCUGAUUCAAAUCUUAGACAUGCUUUGAGAUCAGCACGGGAACAAGAUGAAUUGCAUGCCAAAAAUGCCAUCUCAAGAAUUGCCAGAAAGCGAAUGACAAGACGACUUGGAUUAUUUAAUCAAGGCAAAAAGUCAGAAACAGUUUCAAGAGAAUUUUAUAUUUUGAAUGGAAAACGAAGAACUGCAGAAGAAGAUUUAGAGGAAUUUCUCCAUAAUAGUUCGACAGACAGAUACAGUGACCUAGAAAGACAUAACCCUAAAAUAUCAUGCCAUAAAACAAAUGAAAAGGAAAAGUUGACUGUGAAUUCAGCAGACUUGAGUAGACCUGAGACAGGAUACAGGAGCUGCUCAAGUACUCACACCACUACCCCCGCCUCCAUUCACAGAACGUCUGCUCCUCACAGUAUUUUGAGCCUUGCCAGUAGUUGUGGCUCAGCAUUAAGAGAGGACCAUGAACAGUUAUCAUCUAUAGAGAAUAUUGUGGAUAAAGUUCUAUCUAAGCUCAAACCACAGAAACUUUUUCCAGAAAGAGAUUUUGUCCAAGAAACCACAGACGAGCUAAGAAGUAUAAUGAGGAGAAAUGCACAAAGAUCAUCUACACCUACGCCAUCCCUGCGAAUAAAUUCAUCUAUCAAGAGAUCUCUGUUAGACAGAUAUCUGACGCCAAAGAAAGAUGAGAAUAAGGAAAAAAGAGACCUGACAAAAGAUACCGGUACUGUGUCUCCCACCAUAGUAAAUUCAAUACCAAAAACAAAAGAGGUGAACCAACCAAAGCAGUAUGUAAAGAUACCAACCUCCCCUAAAGAAGUACACAGGUCCAAUUCACACAAGGCCAAUAGUCCACCAAACCUGCCCGUAGUACAGAGAAAGCAUGAACAUUUCUUCCAUGAUCUGUCAGACAUUCAAAGUGAUGCCCAAACUCUGCUGGAAUGCCAUGACCAGAUGCUGGCAGAGGCCAACAGAUACAUGAUAAAAGUGACAGCAAGGAGAGAGGAAAUUUUCCUGGAGGAUUUGUGUAAUGCAGAUGGUCUGGACAUCCUGAGGAAGCAGGAUGAGCAUGCCAGGAAGCUACAGGAGCAGGAUUGGAGGAGGAGUAAGGAGGAGGACAGCUGGAGGAGCCUGUUUCCUGAGCAGAAUGAGGUCCGGUCCUCAUCGCAGACCUCCUCAAUGUCCUCAGGUUACCAGGGCAGUCAGAUACUCAGGGACACAGGGAGCUGCAGGACUGAAACAGUACCAGCAUAUGCAGCAUCCAUCCAGUACCCAGAGUUUAUGCCACAGUUUCAUGACCAAGACUACUACAGUGGAAAUCACACGAGUGGAAUGUCAAGUAAAAUUAAAUCCUUGGAUAUCCUGGAAAUCCUUGACAACAAUGAAGUAAAAACUCAUCAUCGUCCUUCAAGUCAGGAUGCAUACAUCAAUACUUCAAAUUCCUUAUCUAGCAGAGACAUUAUUGACAACCUUAUCCAAGAUAUUGAGGUCCCCAACAGGACUCACACCAUGAAUAGGGAUAGGAUUAGUCAGCAAAAAUCCCCCCACAGGGCCUCACAAGAGGAGUACCAUUUCUGUCUAAAGAAACCCAGCUUAGACACACCUAGUCCCCCAGAGGAAUUGUUCAAAAAGCACUCACUCAUUCCUUAAGGCAAUCAAAAACAUUUCUUAGUAAAAAUAGGAGCAAUUCAAUACACUCCUGUCUCAAAAAAUCAAUGGUGAGAAGUAUGGCAUAUACAGAACAGGUGCAACUGGUAAAAUAAUUUUUUAAUGUGGUGGGAUGACUUUCUUUCUCAAGCCUUUUAUUUUGUGCAUGUAAUUUCAAUGCACAUGUAAUUUGAACAUGUACAUGUCGAGGUGUAUAUCUGUGAGGGACAAAUCUGUGAUAAUUGUAAUUUUUACCAUUGAUUCAGUUGUCAAUUUGUGUACU